GCAAACGUUUUGAAGUCUAUUCGACCGUGACAGCUCCGUGGUAUCAGGCGUAAUCUGCGGGUGAGCGCGCGCAUCAGUGCGCGAGCACAGUUUUCAGCACCAAGGACAGCGUCUCUCACAGAGCAGCAUCAGGUCACCCAGUCGCGCGACGGUACGUGCAAAACCUUAACUACAAUUCAGACACGACAAGAGCGAGAGAAGUGACUGAUUUUUUUUAUGUAGAUGACUUCAGGAAUACUACAAAACUGAUUUUUGCACGUUCUCCUGGGAAACAGAGAGAGAGAGUACAUCUGUGAGACGACUAUCAAGAGGAGCGAGCAUCAUUCCACAAAGGCGUGUUGACAUGGAUUUCUCGAUAAUGAACAGGUUUUAUGACCAGUGCACAAAGAGUCAAUAAAUCAAGCACAUCCCUCAGCGGAGUAGAUUGAGUUGAUCACAUUCCAGUGCUACUGGAGAGGACGCAUUGGCAGAGGAUCUGUCCAACCAACGGACAUCGACACGUAUCCUCCACAGGGCACUCAGCUUGACUUUUCUACGAUCCAGGGCAAAAUGCGUCUGGUUCUGUUCGCCUUCCUCAUCUAUUGCUCCUGUGCGAGAGGUGGGUGCGAACCGAAGACUGUAAAUAUCGGGGCUGUCCUGAGCCAGAAGAGAUAUGAACAAGUGUUUAAAGACGCUGUCACCCAAGCCAACAAUAUAUACGGCAAAGAUAAGUUCAAGAUGAACGCUAUUUCUGUCACCCAUAAACCCAACGCUAUCCAGAUGGCACUCUCCGUAUGUGAGGACCUCAUCUCCAACCAGGUCUAUGCAAUCUUGGUGAGCCACCCACCCCAGUCCAACGACCAUCUGACCCCCACACCGGUGUCCUACACAGCUGGAUUUUACCGGAUCCCUGUGGUGGGCCUCACCACCCGCAUGUCUAUCUACUCAGAUAAGAGUAUCCACCUUUCAUUCCUGCGCACAGUGCCGCCCUAUUCCCAGCAAGCCCAGGUGUGGUUUGACAUGAUGCGAGAGUUCCAGUGGAAUCACAUCAUCCUGAUCGUGAGUGAUGACCAUGAGGGCAGAGCAGCACAGAAAAGACUGGAAACCCUGCUGGAGGAGAGGGAGACGAAGGCAGAGAAAGUGCUCCUGUUCAGCCAAGACACAAAUCUGACGGCUCUGCUCCAGGAAGCCAAAGAGUUGGAGGCCCGAGUGAUCAUCCUGUCCGCGAGUGAAGACGAGGCCGCAGCCAUUUAUAAAGCAGCACGCCAGCUCAAUAUGACAGGCUCUGGUUACGUGUGGUUGGUUGGAGAAAGGGAGAUGUCUGGUAAAGCACUGAGUGAAGCCCCAGAUGGCUUGCUCGGCCUUCAGCUUAUCAAUGGCAAGAACGAGUCUGCACAUAUCUACGAUGCGGUGGCUGUGGUGGCCCAGUCCAUCCAGGAACUCUUUGAGAAGGAGAAUAUCACAGAGCCUCCUCGAGGCUGUGUUGGCAAUACAAACAUCUGGAAGACUGGCCCACUCUUCAAACGAGUGCUGAUGUCAUCCAAGUAUCCAGAUGGCCUGACAGGCCGCGUGGAGUUUAAUGAUGAUGGAGACAGGAGGUUCGCCCACUACAGCAUUCUGAACUACCAGAAAACCAGACUGGUCCAAGUGGGCAUCUACAAUGGCUCGCAAGUUGUAAUGAACACUCAGAGGAAGAUUAUUUGGCCCGGAGGAGAAACUGAAAAGCCGAAAGGCUAUCAGAUGUCGACAAGAUUAAAGAUUGUCACCAUUCAUCAAGAGCCAUUUGUCUAUGUGAAACCAACUCUACGUGAUGGAACUUGCAAGGAAGAGCACACUGUAAAUGGAGUCCUGAUCAAAAAAGUGAUCUGCACUGGCCCCAAUGAGACCAUUCCAGGUCGCCCCAUAGUGCCUCAGUGCUGCUAUGGGUUCUGCAUUGACCUCUUGAUCAAACUUGCAAUGACAAUGAACUUUACUUAUGAAGUACAUCUAGUGGCUGAUGGAAAAUUUGGCACUCAGGAGCGUGUUAACAACAGCAACAAGAAGGAGUGGAAUGGCAUGAUGGGAGAGCUCCUGAGUGGCUUGGCGGACAUGAUCGUGGCUCCACUGACAAUCAACAAUGAACGAGCCCAGUAUAUAGAGUUCUCUAAACCAUUCAAGUACCAGGGGCUCACAAUACUUGUCAAAAAGGAAAUACCACGCAGUACACUGGACUCGUUCAUGCAGCCCUUUCAGAGCACUCUGUGGUUACUGGUGGGUCUAUCGGUCCAUGUUGUGGCGGUGAUGCUCUACCUAUUAGACCGUUUCAGCCCAUUUGGAAGGUUUAAAGUGAAUAGUGAAGAGGAAGAAGAAGAUGCCCUCACCUUAUCCUCUGCUAUGUGGUUCUCCUGGGGUGUACUUCUGAACUCCGGUAUUGGAGAAGGUGCUCCACGGAGCUUUUCAGCAAGGAUUUUAGGUAUGGUGUGGGCUGGUUUUGCUAUGAUUAUAGUUGCAUCCUAUACUGCCAAUUUGGCCGCCUUCCUAGUGCUGGAUCGGCCUGAGGAGCGCAUUACCGGCAUCAAUGACCCUAGGCUGCGAAACCCAUCAGACAAGUUCAUCUACGCCACAGUGAAGCAGAGCUCUGUGGACAUUUACUUCCGGCGUCAAGUUGAGCUAAGCACCAUGUACCGCCACAUGGAAAAGCACAACUACGAGAGCGCCGCUGAAGCCAUCCAGGCUGUGCGAGACAACAAACUCCAUGCUUUUAUAUGGGAUUCAGCAGUGUUGGAGUUUGAGGCCUCGCAAAAAUGUGACCUGGUCACCACGGGCGAGCUGUUCUUCCGCUCUGGAUUCGGUAUCGGCAUGCGAAAAGACAGCCCAUGGAAGCAAAACGUCUCACUGGCCAUUCUCAGUUCCCAUGAGAAUGGCUUCAUGGAGGACUUGGAUAAAACCUGGGUGCGAUAUCAGGAGUGUGACUCCAGAAGCAAUGCACCAGCCACACUCACUUUUGAGAAUAUGGCAGGAGUGUUUAUGUUGGUGGCUGGUGGCAUCGUUGCCGGGAUCUUCCUCAUCUUUAUUGAAAUUGCAUACAAGAGACACAAGGAUGCUCGUAGGAAGCAGAUGCAGCUGGCCUUUGCCGCAGUUAACGUUUGGAGGAAGAACCUACAGGAUAGGAAAAGUGGUAGAGCAGAGCCCGACCCCAAAAAGAAUGCCUCUUUUAGGUCCAUCAGUACCAACCUGGCCUCCAACAUCAAGAGACGUAGGUCGUCCAAAGACACGCCAUAUCCCACGGAUAUUACUGGCCAGCUCAACCUGUCAGACCCCUCUGUGAGCACAGUCGUGUGAAAGUGAACAAAAGAGAGAGAAAGAGAAUUUGACAGGCAGAAAGAGAGAGAGACUUUGCAGACUGGAAGAGCAGGAGGUGGUUGGGGCUGGUUGGCUCUGAAACAGACCUGCUGUUCCAAAGCUGCUGCUGCUGCUUCACCCACCUGAGCCAACAACACCAUCAUUUGCGCAAACCCACCCAACCAGGACAUACUGUAUGCACACUGGAUUUGAAACUCUUAUGGACACACUGUGCCAAAAUCAACCACAAUGAAGCAAACACACACUGCCACAUAGUUGACACUCACCCUGAAUCAACACCCAUACUGUACAAAGUGCUUCACUUUUUAAAAUUAUUUUGCACAUAUCAAAACACAGUUUUGUGAAAUAUGUAAAUAUAUAGUCAGAGAGUCCUGUUUCUCCACCCACAUUAGGUCACUAUUUAGUGUUAUCAGAAGAAAUAGAACAAUGUAUUAGUUUUUCACUUUUAUGAUACAGACACAAUUAUGCUUCAUACAUAUGCUUCAUACAAAUGUCUGUCUACCUCCACCUAAGAUACAGUAUAUGUAGCUUAUCUCAACACUGAAUUUUGGUAGUGUUUUGAUGUUUUCCCACUGAAAAGAGGUUUGUUAGAGCAAACACAGAACAUAUCUUUAACUUACUUGUAUAUUUAGAUUAGACGAUAGAAAAGUAGGUUAUGUAAGAAAAUGCAGUACCAUACAUAAUACUGUAGGAGAAUUCAAAGUUGGUGGCACAAAAGUGGCAUAUUUUUUAUCAUUGUUGCACUUUGUUGUAGACUGCGUCUGUUAAUAUCAGAUUCUCUCUCUUCACUGCCAUUUUCAAAACACAAUCAUCUGAGUAGUUCAGGUUGCUUUGGACAAAAUAUACUGUGGAUUUUUGAAUCACAAUCUUUUUUUCUCUAUUUAUUCAUUUAUGUUUUUAUCUUUUUUAAAACAAAGAAUUCUUGUUCUGGAUGUGAAUUAUCUGAAUAUCAGCAGAUAAUAUGGGGUCUAAUCAGCCAGGGGCUAAAUGUAGCAGAUCCGACCUUGAAAACUUUUUAUGACAAAUGAAAGGAACCCAGUUACACUUAAGAGUGGCGUAGAUGUUAUGGAGCAGAUAUUAUUGCAGGAUUUUUCGAGCUUUAUUUCUGUUUGACAUGUCUGACUUGAAAUGCCCUGUAAUAAUUUUUGUAUCAUUGUGUGAAAAUGGUGGCAUUUGUCCUUCAGCUACCACAAAGGGACCUUUCUUCGCAUUAUUUCAUCAUGUCAUUCUAAUAUAUGGGCAGUAUUUUAUUUUGUAUGUGUGUAAUAAUAACACUAGAUGCUAUUUUCAUUGUUUGUUGUCCCAUCAGCUUUUGCUCUGUGGGUUAGUUAAGUGGUUACUUGCAAAAGUGAUCAUUUAUAAUAUGAGUCAGUUGUCUUUUUCUGUGGACUUUUAAAAGUAUACUGACCAAUAACAGGCCAAUAAAAUGUAUUAGGAAACCGUAUAGGACAUUUGUUUUAAACAAUCUGAGGGCUUUGCUAACUGUUGUGAAAAGUUUAGAAUGUGAACUAUGCGUACUGUAAUUGUAACAGUAAAUUAUGGAGCUAUUUUAUAAGAUGAUGACAUUAACAUGAGGAAAAUAUAUGUUUUAGAAGAAAAUGGGGAUUGUUUUUAUGGAAAACUGUAGUUAAAUCUUGCAGGGUCUGGUGGUCUUUGCAAUAUUAUUCUAUUUGUUGGGUUGGGUUCAACAAAAAGUCCAGUUUUACUGUGAAAAUUACUGUGAACUGCUUCGUGUCAAAGUGAGAGUUGUUGUGAAAUACGUAAUGCAUUAAGCACAUACAUAAAUUCUCUGUAGAUUCCUGAAUAUCGAAUACGACCUAUAUCAAAAUAGAUGCUGUCGUUUGCACUCCUGUGUCCAUCAUGCUAAUAUUUAAUCACAUAAUUGGAAUAUCAAGACAGAUGCAUUUUUACGAAGUGUGGGGAGAACCAACAAUAGCGACAGGAAUUAAUUUUGCUUGAGAAAAAAGCAAAGAAAUGGAAUGCAGGUCUUGGCUAAAAAGGGAGCACAUCUUUGGGAAACAAAGCAAUGUAACCUGUUCUGUUCACUGUUGUAUACAAACAUAUUAUAUUGUAAGAUCAUUUUAAUCUGCUUCCACCAUAUUUUCUAUCACCAAAUGUGCUUUUGAUGAUUAUUCCAAAACUGUUUGUGAAAAAAAAAAAUGAAUUCUGAAUUCAAGCAAAGAUAUAUGUUUAAAAAUGUAUAAUUGCUGUACUCCAGUGUGCCAAUAAAAUAUAUAUCAAAUGAAAAAA